GAGGCUGACCCCUUUGUCCAAGCCCCUUUUGGUUUUCUUCCUUCCAGGAUCAGGAUCAUCAGGAGCGUGUCCUGGCGGCCGGAUUAAGGGCCUGCCUUCACCUGCAACAGAAUUCCCUAAUACACCAAGGAUUUGAGACCCAUCAGCUAUCCUCACCUGGUUUAGCCGGCUGAUUGAAGCCAUUCCUUGGAUUAUGGCCUCUGUUGCAUUCUGACAGCUUCUGGAAGCCACAGCUCUCUUCCUGGAAACCAAAACAGGAUUCCCUUUCCUCCCACUCUGAAGAAGGAGAUGGAGAAGACAGUCAGAACUCCAGGGGAUGGGUCACCUUUCCCCCCCACUAGGAAUAGAAAUUAAAAUGUGUGAAAUGCGGAAUAUGCUUCAUUGAAUGAGGAAACAUAGUUCACAUCAACAAACUCCAACAGGGGAGAAACCAUUUAAAGGUAUGGAGUGUGGGAAAAGUUUCACUGAUAGUGGAAAACUUAGAACAAAUCAGCAGACUCACAUGGGCAAGAAAGGAUUCCAAUGCAGGGAGUGUGGAAAGAACUUCAGUCAACAUGGGCACUUAAGUUUACAUCAACGGAUUCACACAGGGGAAAAACCUUUUAAAUGUCUGGAGUGUGGAAAGAGCUUCUAUCGGAGUGAUACACUUAGAAGACAUCAAUGGACUCACACGGGGGAGAAACCAUUUAAAUGCAUGGAUUGUGGAAAAAGCUUCAGUCAGAAUGGACACUUAAGUUUACAUCAGCGGACUCACACAGGGGAGAAACCAUAUAAAUGUAUGGAGUGUGGAAAGAGCUUCAGUUUCAAUGGAAACCUUAGAACACAUCAAUGGACUCACACAGGGGAGAAACCACAUAAAUGUAUAGAGUGUGGUAAGAGCUUUACUGAUAAUGGAAACCUUAGAACACAUAAACGGAUUCACACAGGGGAGAAACCAUUUAAAUGCCAGGAGUGCGGAAAGAGCUUUAGUGACAAUGGACCCCUUAGAACACAUCAACGGAUUCACACAGGGGAGAAACCAUAUAAAUGUCUGGAUUGUGGAAAGAGCUUCAGUCAGAAUGGAGACCUUAGAAAACAUCAACGGACUCACACAGGGGAGAAACCAUUUAAAUGUAUGGAGUGUGGAAAAGGUUUCUGUCAGAAUGGAGAGCUUAAAUUACACCAGCGGAUUCACACAGGGGAGAAACCAUAUAAAUGUAUGGAGUGCGGAAAGAGCUUCACUCAGAGUGGAUACCUCAAUAAACAUCAACGGAUUCACACAGGGGAGAAACCAUAUAAAUGUAUGAAGUGCGGAAAGAGCUUCAGUUUCAAUGGAAACCUUAGAACACAUCAACGGACUCAUACAGGGGAGAAACCAUAUAAAUGUAUGGAGUGCAGAAAGUGCUUUACUGAUAAUGGAAACCUUAGAAGACAUCAACAGACUCAUACAGGGAGAAAACCAUUUAAAUGCCUGGAGUGUGGAAAGUGCUUCAGUCAGAAUGGAGACCUUAAAUUACACCAGCGAAUUCACACAGGGGAGAAACCAUUUAAAUGCAUGGAGUGCGGAAAGAGCUUUACUGAUAAUGGAAAGCUUAGAAGACAUCAACGCACUCAUACAGGUGAUAAACCAUUUAAAUGCCUGGAGUGUGGAAAAUGCUUCAGUCAGAAUGGAGACCUUAAAUUACACCGGCGGAUUCACAUAGGGGAGAAACCAUAUAAAUGUAUGGAGUGCGGAAAGAGCUUUAGUGAUCAUGGAUGCCUUAGAAAACAUCAACUGAUUCACAAAGGGGAGAAACCAUUUAAAUGUAUGGAGUGUGGAAAGAGCUUCCGUCAGAGUGGACACCUCAAUAUACAUCAAUGGACUCACACAGGAGAGAAACCAUUUAAAUGUAUGGAGUGCGGAAAGAGCUUCAGUGAGAAUGGAAAACUUCGAAGACAUCAACAGACUCACACGGGGGAGAAACCAUUUAAAUGCAUGGAGUGCGGAAAGUGCUUCAGUCGGAAUGGAAAUCUUAGAAAACAUCAGCAGACACACAGGGGA